AUGGCAAAAUCUAACGUUUUCAAGACCUGAAAUGAUUUUAUUAGACAUCAAGGGAGCUAUGAGGGGAAAAUGAAUUUUUUGCGCUCAUCAAAUUUAGAUGCAAUUAACCCUCAGACACAAAGACCAUUGUAAAAAAUAAUUAGAGCUUGGUUAGGAAUAAUUGAUCCUAAUUUUUCGACUGAAACUAUGGAAUACUAUAGAUCAGUGAAGCUUACUAAACAAGUCAUCCUCGUUAAUUCAAUAGCACAAAGAAUUAAGCAAGAUGCCUUGAAAUCUUUCAGUGGAUCAUUAAGUUCCCUUAAUUCAGGAGAGAGAAUACAGAAAAUAGUGACUUUGCUAACUCCCCAUCAGUGAACAAAAAUAUUUUAUUCGCUCAUAUAAGGGGUUAAUUUUUUUUAAUUUAAUUUGAAAAUUUAUGCAUUAAAUGCAAGCUGCUUAGAAUUAAACAGAAUUAGCUAGAAGUUGCAUUACAAUAAUUAUCAUUUAUAUUUAAAAAUUAUUUUUGCUCACAGGGGGUGGGCUUUUGUGCAAAAAUAGGGAUUUUUCUAAUGGUUUUGUUCGCUCACAAAGGGGAUUAAGCAUUUUUGCUAGUAAAAGAAAUGAUAUUGGGUAUUGUUUUGGUAUGAACUUCAUAGCAGCAGUCCUUGUUUCAGUAUUUUCUAGUGAAAGUGAUGCUUUUAUUAUGUUUUGCUAUAUCAUUGAAAAAGUGUUCCCAGAAAAUUUUUUCAGCUUAGAAAACCGGCAAAUUGUCUUGCACUCUGAACUCCGAGCCUUUGCUAUUAUGGCAGAAAGACUAAGACCAAGACUAGUCAAUUCUUUAAGAGCUAUUUUUAAACCUUUAAAUACAAGUUUAAGAGAAUCAGAUUACUCCCCAUUCGUAGUUACAAUUAAAAGAGUUGGAGAUUUUUGGUUUCACACAUUAUUUGCUACAAGUAUUUUGCCUGGGGAUUUAUUAUACUUUAUUUUAUUAUAUUGUGCUAGAAAAUUUUAUAAAUCAUAGAGCAAUGCAAAUAUCAAUAUAACAGAGCAUAAGAGUAUGAGACAAUGUGCUUAUCCACGGUUUCGAAUUUGUACAUAAAUUUGGCUUGACAAUUUUAAGCAAAAAUGAAAGAUUUUUCAAAAAUAACAUAAAGCAAGAAGCAAAAGUACUGAAUAUGGGGACUACUGUGGACUCUUUAAUUUCUUCAGGAAAUGCAGCAAGAAAUAGACUUCUUAGAAAAGUCGAAAAAAUCCCAGUAGAAAAAAUGAUUAAAAAAGCUAUCUAUAAACCUACGUACAGAGCUGUCAAACGAAGUGAAAUUUUACCAAAAGCAGAAGAGCUUGAAAAAAAUCACUUUACUCCCCCCCUUCCGUGAGUGAAAAAAAAAAAUUUUGUUCGGGUAAUUUGUUUUUUUUAAACAAAUUUAUAUAUAUAUUUUAUAAAAAAUAUUUUUUUCGAAAUUUAAAAAAUCCUAAUUUGCAAAAAUCGGAAAGCAAAUAUUAAUUUAAUUUAUAAAAUUUAUGUUUUAAAAAGCAAUUUGUUUAAAAUUAAACAGAAUUAGCUCUAGAUUUCAUUAUACUAAUUAUCAUUUAUAUAUCAAAAUUUUUUUCCAUAAAAAUUUUUCUAUUAAAAAAAAUUUUUGUUCACUCACGAGGGUGGGCUUUUUGGGCAAAAAAUGGCAAUUUUUUCUAAUGGUUUUGUUCACUCACGAGGGGGGGGGGGAGUUAGAGCCACUCAUAAGACUUAGGCAAUCCAAAGAGUUUUUACGAUCCAAAGGAAACUCUUUCACCUACAAAGACGCCAAAGAAAUUUUCAAUUUAUUACAAUCUUUAGAAAAUGGUGGAAAAAUUUCCCGUAGCUUGUUUCUCACAAUGGUCACAAAAAAUUUAAAUUGGGCUCCACAGACAGCUCUUCACGUUUUUAACUCAUUUGACCACAAUGGAAACGACUCAGUGGACGUUUUGACUUUGAAAUCUGGGCUAUCUUUAUUAAUCCAAAGACUAGAAUUAAAAAAUAUGGAAAUAAGGCAGGAAUUAUAUAGGGAACUAGGAAAGGAGAUAGAAUUUGGCCCAAUAAAUGGGUGAUAACCGCUGAUAAUAAAUAAUUAAUCCAAGGAGAGCUUACAGAAAAGCUGAAACUUUGUUUUGAGUCUUUUGACAGAGACAAUUCAGGCAGUUUAGAGCCUGAAGAAGUAGUUGAUUUGGUAUGCUUUGUAGAAAAUGCGCUGGAUGGCAGAUCAAGCUUUUUUAGAAACCAAUCAGGCUCGCUAUUUGCCAAUAUGGACAGAAAUUCCAAUGGAAGGAUUUCCCUUGACGAAUUUAUUAAAGCUGUCACAACUGACCCUUCGUGUGAGCCUAUAUUGGAAUUUAUUAACGCAGUCGAGUCAGAAGAAUUCAUAAACAUCCCUGAAAUGAGGAUGGCCAGGAUUAACCUUGAAGGCACCUUUAGUGACGUCCAUACCCCUGAUAAGCCUUCAGCUGACGCAUCUCCGAUGUCAGAUGUAUCUUAUGAUGGUCCUGAUUUUGCUGAGCUCGAGUCAAGACUUGGAACUUUACUACAAAAUGACAUAAAAGAACUAGAAAAUGAAUAUGAAGAAGCCCCAGAAAUCACUGGCGAAAAAGUUGUAGAAAUAGACGCAGUAGAAACUGAAGGGAAUGGGGUAAGGAUUCAUAAUGAAUAUGAUGGAGAAAACGUAAAAUUUGUAUUUCACGUAGGAGAUAUCUGUCGUUAGUCAUUUAUUCGAAUAAAUUUUUGCCAAAUAUACCUACUAAAAUAAUAUGAAAAUUGUCCCAGAGGAAAAAUUAUAGCCGAGAUAUCGUUGAAGAAGAUAAGAAAAAUGAAAGCGAGGAUAAUACAGAAAUACACAUAGAAGCCUUUGGGUCGUUUAAACCGAAAGAAGAGGAAGAAGAGCCAGCUAAAAAUGUAACAGUAGAGGAGAUUGAAAGCCCUGGAGACUUGUAUGUGACGGAAAUUAAACAAAAACAUAGCCUAGAAGAACAGAGAAAUAUUGAUAUACCAGAACCAACAAGUAAAGAGUCGCGAGGUACUUGUUCUAGGCUGUGUACAAGAGGGAAUUGUGGAUUAUUUUAA